AUGAGCGGCGGCAGCGGGGGCGGCUCCUCGGCACCCGGCCGUUUCGCCGACUACUUCGUGAUCUGCGGGCUGGACACCGAGACCGGGCUGGAGCCGGACGAGCUCUCCGCUUUAUGCCAGUAUAUACAGGCCUCUAAAACCCGAGAUGGUGGCAGCCGUUUCAUUUCAAGUGCAACAGAAGGGGAAAACUUUGAACAGACUCCGUUAAGACGCACAUUUAAAUCCAAAGUUCUUGCUCGCUAUCCUGAGAAUGUUGAAUGGAACCCUUUUGACCAGGAUGCAGUGGGAAUGCUGUGUAUGCCUAAAGGGCUUGCUUUCAAGACACAAGCAGAUUCCAGAGAACCUCAGUUCCACUCAUUUAUUAUUACUCGUGAAGAUGGCUCACGGACAUUUGGAUUUUCUCUCACAUUUUUUGAGGAAGUUACUAGCAAACAGAUCUGCAGUGCAAUGCAGACAUUGUAUCAUAUGCACAAUGCUGAAUAUGACGUUCUUCAUACUCCACCCACAAAUGACAAAGAUAGCUGCAGCAGCACUGGAGACUACAGUGGCACUUCUGUUUCAAAGCUACAGCGUUUUAACUCCUAUGACAUCAGCAGAGACACUCUCUAUGUCUCAAAGUGCAUUUGUCUGAUUACUCCAAUGUCUUUCAUGAAAGCUUGUAAGAAAAUACUAGAACAACUUCACCAAGCAGUGACUUCACCUCAGCCGCCACCUCUACCUUUAGAAAGCUACAUCUACAAUAUUCUCUAUGAGGUUCCUCUUCCUCCAGCAGGAAGGUCAUUGAAAUUUUCAGGUGUUUAUGGACCAAUUAUCUGCCAGAGGCCAAGCACCAGUGAACUACCAUUGUUUGAUUUUCCGGUUAAAGAAGUUUUUGAAUUGCUUGGAGUAGAAAAUGUGGUUCAACUGUUUACCUGUGCCCUCUUGGAAUUUCAGAUACUGCUUUAUUCACAGCAUUAUCAGAGACUGAUGACUGUGGCAGAGACCAUCACAGCACUAAUGUUUCCAUUUCAGUGGCAGCAUGUGUAUGUUCCUAUCCUUCCAGCAUCCCUCCUUCAUUUUCUAGAUGCUCCUGUCCCUUACCUCAUGGGCUUGCACUCUAAUGGGCUGGAUGACAGGUCUAAGCUGGAACUUCCUCAAGAGGCUAACCUGUGCUUUGUGGAUGUAGACAACCAUUUCAUCGAGCUGCCAGAAGACUUACCCCAGUUCCCAAAUAAACUUGAGUUCAUUCAGGAAAUUUCAGAGAUACUAAUGGCUUUUGGAAUUCCACCUGAGGGAAACCUUCACUGCAGUGACAGUGCCUCCAAGAUGAAGAGCCUCAGAGCAUGUGACCUGGUUUCUGAUAAAAGAAACGGGAACAUAGCAGGAUCACCUUUGAAUUCCUAUGAGCUGCUAAAGGAAAAUGAGACUAUUGCAAGACUCCAAGCACUUGUUAAAAGAACAGGUGUGAGUCUAGAAAAGUUGGAGGUGCGAGAGGAGACCAGUAGCAAAAAGGAUCUUAAAAUUCAGUGUGAUGAAGAAGAAUUCAAGAUUUACCAGCUGAACAUUCAAAUCCGUGAAGUUUUUGCCAACCGCUUUACACAAAUGUUUGCAGAUUAUGAAGUGUUUGUCAUUCAACCCAGUCAGGACAAGGAAUCUUGGUUUACAAACAGGGAACAGAUGCAAAACUUCGAUAAAGCAUCUUUCUUGUCGGACCAGCCUGAACCUUACUUGCCUUUCCUCUCGAGAUUCCUGGAGACCCAAAUGUUUGCAUCUUUUAUUGACAAUAAGAUUAUGUGCCAUGAUGAAGAUGAUAAAGACCCUGUUUUGAGAGUAUUUGAUUCUAGAGUGGAUAAAAUUAGACUGCUAAAUGUUAGGACACCGACUCUGCGCACAUCUAUGUAUCAAAAGUGCACAACCAUUGAUGAGGCUGAGAAAUCUAUUGAAUUAAGGCUAGCAAAAAUAGAUCACACUGCAGUCCAUCCACACUUGCUGGACAUGAAAAUUGGACAAGGGAAAUACGAGCUUGGUUUUUUUCCCAAGCUUCAGUCUGAUGUUUUAUCCACUGGACCAGCAAGCAACAAGUGGACAAAGAGAAAUGCUCCUGCACAGUGGAGGCGGAAGGACAGACAGAAGCAACACACAGAGCACCUACGUCUUGACAAUGAUCAGAGAGAGCACCUGGACUCUUCCAUGUCAGAGCUUCAGUUGCAGUUAUGUUUAGACUGGGACCAGCAUGAUUGGCCCUUCAUCCCCUCUAUAAAAUUUGUGUCAGAGUGUUAUCUGAAGUAUAUCCAAGAAGCCAGGAAUCUGGGCAGCACUAUUCGGCAGCCCAAACUGUCUAACCUCUCUCCAUCGGUAAUUGCACAAACAAACUGGAAGUUUGUAGAAGGCUUGUUGAAGGAAUGCCGGAAUAAGACCAAGAGGAUGUUGGUUGAAAAAAUGGGUAGAGAAGCUGUGGAACUAGGUCAUGGUGAAGUGAAUAUCACAGGUGUAGAAGAGAAUACCCUGAUAGCCAGUCUGUGUGACCUCUUAGAAAGGAUAUGGAGCCAUGGUCUGCAAGUCAAACAGGAUAGAAGCUGUACUGCUUUCGUCUUAGAAGACAGAGCAUCAGUAUACUCUGCUUCAACUCAGAUUUGGGCCUUUCAGACCACCAGACGGCCAACCCUACAUAAGGGAAAGUCUGCUUUGUGGUCUCAUCUGUUACACUACCUAGAAAACAGACAGAGAAAAACUACAUCAGGCAGCUUCAGUACCUCAGGAAUACUGCUUGAUUCAGAAAGGAGAAAGUCUGAUAGCAGUCCAGCCAUGUCACCUCUUAGAAUCUCUCUCAUCCAGGAUAUGAGGCAUAUCCAGAACAUUAGUGAGAUCAAAACAGAUGUUGGCAAGGCCAGAGCCUGGGUUCGUCUCUCUAUGGAAAAGAAGUUGCUCUCUAGGCAUCUAAAACAGCUGCUUUCAGAUCAUGAACUCACAAAAAAACUCUACAAGCGUUAUGCAUUCCUCCGCUGUGAUGAUGAGAAAGAACAAUUCUUGUAUCAUCUCCUGUCAUUCAAUGCUGUUGAUUACUUUUGCUUUACCAAUGUUUUCACAACAAUCUUGAUACCAUACCAUAUAUUGAUUGUUCCUAGCAAGAAGCUUGGUGGCUCAAUGUUUACAGCCAAUCCUUGGAUCUGUAUCUCGGGAGAACUGGGUGAAACAGGAGUCCUGCAGAUUCCCAGGAAUAUAUUAGAAAUGACUUUUGAGUGCCAGAACCUGGGAAAACUGACCACAGUGCAAAUAGGACAUGAUAAUUCAGGGCUGUAUGCCAAGUGGCUAGUGGAAUAUGUUAUGGUCAGAAAUGAAAUAACAGGGCAUACUUACAAGUUUCCCUGUGGAAGGUGGCUUGGAAAGGGAAUGGAUGAUGGCAGCUUAGAGAGGAUCCUGGUGGGAGAGUUGCUGACUUCCCACACUGAGGUUGAUGAGCGGCAGUGCCGAACCCCUCCUUUGCAGCAGUCACCAAGCAUGAUCAGAAGAUUUGUCACUAUAUCGCCAAACAAUAAGCCAAAGUUAAAUACUGGUCAGAUACAAGAAGCUAUUGGUGAAGCUGUCAAUGGUAUUGUCAAGCAUUUCCACAAGCCAGAAAAGGAGAGAGGCAGUCUGACGCUGUUGCUGUGUGGAGAAAGUGGACUUGUUUCAGCUCUUGAGCAAGUGUUUCAGCAUGGAUUUAAAUCACCGAGACUCUUCAAAAACGUCUUUAUUUGGGACUUUUUGGAAAAAGCACAAACAUACUAUGAGACCCUUGAGCAGAAUGAAAUGGUCCCAGAAGAGAACUGGCAGACAAGGGCCAGGAAUUUCUGUCGCUUUAUCACUGCUAUCAACAACACCCCUAGAAACGUUGGGAAGGAUGGCAAGUUUCAGAUGCUGGUGUGUCUUGGAGCCAGAGACCACCUUUUGCAUCACUGGAUCGCCCUGCUUGCAGACUGCCCGAUCACAGCACAGAUGUAUGAAGACAUAGCACUGAUUAAGGAUCAUACUCUUGUGAAUUCUUUGAUUCGAGUGCUGCAGACCUUGCAGGAGUUCAACAUUACGCUGGAGGCAUCUCUUGUCAAAGGAAUCGAUAUUUGACCUCUUGUCCCACAGGAAAAACUAUCUUUUUUUUUUUUUUAAAAAAGCAACAAGGAGUGAAUCUCAUUAGUAUGCAAAAGUUCUGUCUGCCAGUACAUUGUAUCGUGAACUUGUUCAUGGCCCUAAAAUGCAACUUUGACUUUUCUUGAAGGAAACUCCAAAAAUAGUACAGGCAAAUGGAUAGAAGCUGUAAACUCAAUGUAAAAAAGAGGAUUUUGGUAUAAAUCUAUUUUAGAGUUUAUUUGCUGAUUUGCUUUUUACACACUUUCAUGUGAAAGAGAUAGACAUGAGUAUUGUGCAGCUUAUUUUAAAGCUGCAGUAUUUCCUUGCCAUAGAAAAUGUGCAGUGAGCCUUUCAGCAUUCUGUGAACUUGCCUUCAGAUAUGCUGUAUGUCAUAGACCCCAAUGUAUACACUCCAUUUCUGCUGAGAAGGUCAUUCCUAUAGUUUUUAAACUAAUAUUUUAUAUAUUAACAUUAUUACCAAUGUUUGAUUUUUAACGUAUUGGGUCAUGUUCUGCUGCAAGGGAACUACAAAUCUGAUGUGUGCUUUUUUUUAAUAGCUCCAAAGCACUGAUGUGUCAACAAAUCAUUUUUUCCUUUAUUUUUGUUGUCAGUAUUAUUUUUAGUGAAAUCGGGAGACUGAACCAUGAAAUGUGCAGAGAUCAAAGUAAUAUUUUUCAUAUUGGUACGUAAUUGCACAGAAGAAAUUAAGCGUGUUUUUUAACUGAUGUUUUUUAUUUAUUUAACCUAUCAUUGUGUUUUGUAAGUUUGUCUUUAAAAAAAAAAAUCUUCUAUGAUACAACUGGCUAUAUUAUGUUGCAAUUCAGAAUUUACAGUGCAGCCCACUUAAAUGAAAAACCUGGAAUAAUUGUUCAUAACACAAAAAUGUUUCCACUUGAACUAGCCUUUUGAAGUUUGGUAUAUGGUUGCUGCUGGUAAUUCUCUUAACUGCUAAUAAAGAGGGACAUGAGUUUCCCAAAUGCCAGAUGACUAAAUAAAGAGGUUUAUGCCCCCACAAAAUAAUAAUGGUAUACCUACUACUAACAAAUAUAAUGAUUUCAUAAUUUUUCUGAAAAGACAGUAAGGUUUUUUCUUUUCCUUUUGAAUGAAUAUGUCUUGGGUCCUGUUGUCACAGUUUGCUUCAUUUGGGAUGCUUUUGUUUUUAGCAGAGAAAGCUUUAGUCCGCUUCUACAAUAAAACACAAACAUUUUGAAAGCUUAAUUUAUUGGAGAUCUGGAACUUGGCAAAUGCCUAAAGGCAUCUCUGUUCAUUUGAAUCCUCUGAUAAAAAUCUCUGUGAAAUGAAUAUGUGACUUAAGAACAGGCUGAUUUAUCAGCAUCACAAAUUACUGUACAGAAAUUCAGGGCUAUGUAUUUAAGAGGUCUCCACUGUAUAAACUUAUCUCAAUAUUGUCUCUCUUUUGAGAAGCAGAGUCCAAGUUUUUCGGUUCAUACAAUAUUGUAGCACCUUUUCUUUACGUACGGCUUAUUCACAUCUUGUGAUAGUUUUAUUGCCAUAAUUUAUAAGUAUAGCACAUGUAUUAAAUUUUUGACUAUUUUUACUUUUGUCCUAUUUAUUUCAUUAUUAAACUGAGAAGUUCCUUUGUCACUA